AUGGCUGAGCAGUUUAGUGAAGAACCCAAACCUGGAGACCUGAUCCAGAUUUUCCUUGGCUAUGAGCACUGGGCCAUCUAUGUGGGAGAUGGUUAUGUGAUCCAUCUGACUUCUCCAAGUAAUGAGUACCUGGGGGCUGGCUCUGGCAUCAUCUUUUCCAUUCUGAGCAACAGAGUGGUGGUGAGACAGGAGCUCCUUCAGGAAGUGAUGGGGAGCUGCCACCAUAGGGUCAACAACCUCUUGGACUACAAGUGCAGACCAUGGCCUUUGAAGCUGAUCACCUACUCUGCGAAGGAAGUUGGUCAGGAGAUGAAGUACAGUGUUCUGGGCAGGAGCUCUGAGGACUUUGUCACCAACCUGAGAUAUGGCGAGCCCAACAGCAGGCAG